GCGCCGAACCUCCGCGCGCGACGCUCGUGUCGCGUCGCUUGCAGUACCGUGCGCGCUUUCGAUGUAUCCCCAUGCUGUGUUCCCAUUGACAUAUUUGUGUGAAAUGUGCUAUGGAAUUUGUUUACAAGUGGUAGCCCUGAAGGGCUGAAUUUUGUGCUUAUUUUCUGUAACUGGAAUUACUCUAAUCGGUAUCCAGGCAUGUUGAAGCACGUGGCUGUGUCGCCUCACCGCGCGCGCGCCGAUUCUGUCAGCCUCUCGUCCUCAGCCUCGUGCUGCAGCCUCGGCAGCCUUGAGAACAGGCACGACUCUGUCACCGAUCUCUCUCAUCGCACGCUUUGUUUUAUAUUACAGACGACAAUAAAAGUGUACGCACGGUGUCUCAGACCCGAUAUUGAAUACAAGACCCUGUCUGUCACCUGGGGGACCCGCGCCAAGGAGGUCGUGGCGACGCUUCUCAGCAAGUUCAGGAUGCGUCAUCGGGACCCGAGGCUGUUCUACUUGAGCAUGGAAGUACGCGUCCGGGCUGCUGGACUGAGGACGACUUUGGUGUUGGAUGACGACGCGAGACCAGCGGCGUUGCAGGCUUGCCAUCCCAAGGGCUAUUCAAAAUUUUCGCUACAGAUGCGUCCAGGUGGACUGGUCAAGAUCUACGACUCGGCACUCAUGUCGUCCUCGAAGUACAAGUGCCUGCUGACGAGCGAGAGGACCACGGCUGACGAGCUGCUGGCGAUACUCCUGCACUGCUACGAUUCUACCGAGGGCGUUGAAAGAUUCUCUCUGUAUGAGGUCUGUCCGUCUCAGGAGUACGAACGCAAGCUACAUCCGGACGAUUUACCGUUGAUGGUGCAACGCGCGUGGCCUCAAGACAGUGACUGCCAUUUCCGCGUCCGUCGCAACCCCCGAGCACCCCCACUCCCCCCACGCACCUUGCCUCCCCCCUCGCCCUCCUCCUCCGAGUCCACCCAAGACGACGACGACGAACCCUCGAGAGCCCUGUCAGCCCUAUCCCUCGAAUCAGAGGGCGAUAAAAGGUACAGUCCGGUUUACAAGUUUCCCAGUAUAAGCUACUGCAGGGAGACGAAAAACGACUACCUUUAUAUCUGACUAGCGCUUCAGCUCACCGGCCUGAAGCGGUACCUGACCCGCAAGCCGCGGACGAGAAAAAGACUCUUGUGCAGUGUAAAUAAGGACCAAUAUUGUUUGAAGUGUAAAUAGGACCGGACAGGGUGUUGUGGCAAACCAAAGAGGUUUUAUUAUAGAAUGUGGCCUUAAUAAGGUUGAUAUUUAGAUGAUGCGGUAUCGUGAAAUCUGGAUUUUAUUAUAUAAAUAUUUAAUUCUUUAUUUUUAUAAGCAAUCGACUCUAUGGUUAUGAAAUAAAACUGAUUUUUUUUAUGUAUUUUUUUUUGUAAAUCUAGUCUUAGUGGCACCUCGCUUUGGAAACGAAAUUGUAACCGCAUAUAAAAAUGCGAUAUAUUUUAGACUUGUAUUUUGAUGGUAAUUGUGUGUUUUUAUCUGUGGAAAUACCGCGUCAAGUACGUUGAAUUGUAAAUAAAAUUAAUUGUAAUUUAGCUAGUAGACACCAAAGAGGCACGCGAGAUAUAUGAAAUUAGAUUUAUUUAUGUGUUAAUAUCGUGAUGUUUAAUUUAUUUAUGAGGGCGAGCGACGCCCGCCAAUCGAUGUUGAAUUAUCUGUCACCUGUAAUGAAAUAUAUUAUGUUUUCUUCUA